AUGCCCAAAGCCCGCCCAGUAUGGGUCUCCGUCUCUCACUCUGUCCUCACUUCUCCCCGUCAACGACUCUGGUAUCAAUCCUACGCACCCCGAAACCGCCUCUCAGAAUGGCUACUCACGCCUAAAUCCACCCCAGACGUCGAUUUUACCAUGACCACAACCCUAGAAAGGAGUCUCUCGCAGACUUCCAUGUCCAGUUCGCUGCUUUCUGUCCACAACGACAUCACGCCACCUGCCAUGCCCGAUUCCCGGCUGUCAAUCGCCCACCGCAUUGGUUAUCUGGACUCUCAGCUCAGCGACCUUCGUUCGAGCGUGUUGACCAGUGAUGACUAUGUGGAUCGCCGGAAUCGGGAAGACGAGCAUGUUCGACGCGAGUUUGUCGCCCAGCGCACUGUCUCGGAGCGAAUCGAUGGCAACGUGAAGGAGCUGAAGUCGGAUGUGUCGAAACUAAAGUACGCCUUUGGUUCGUUGCAGACCGACACCGCGUUCCUGCGCAAUGAUGUCAACCGUCUCCAAUCCAACUUUCAACAAUUGGAGUCUCGUAUGUCCCAGAUGGAACGCGUGCGGUUCAACUCUCUUGCCAACACGAUACACGCGCCUCUCAACCCUGUCCCGAAGAUUGAUGAAGAUGGGACGCUACGCUAUCCGAACUACUUUCCCAGAUCCGUUUGGCGGUUUUGGUGUUUGAAGAAACGAAGUCGAGUCCAUCGUCUAGUAGGACUUGCCCAGUUUUAUGAGCUUGAAGGCUAUGAAUACUGGGGUCGCAAUUAUCAAGAGCUGCAGCCUUUUGAUGAUGAUGAUAGCGACUCUAGUGGUUCUAGUGACAGGCCCAACAACCUGACGCUUGCAGAGGCUACUUACCAGUAUCCUGAAGCGUGCCACCAGGCCCUGGCCGCGACUCUCGGCUUGAACUAUUACAAGAUCCGAAAGGAAGCUGGCGAAGGCCCCAAUGCGCGCAUCGCGCGUCCGCCCAAACGGCAUCCGGACGAGAUAGCGUCCAGUAACCAUUCAAGCAUCAAAGUCGCCAAGGUCGAGAAAAAGGCUCGACGGUUAGACGACGUGUCGCCAACCCUGCUGAAGCAGCUUGUCACGGGCGUUCCUUCUGUCGCGUCCAAGUCGGCAUCGUCGGAGCACGAGGACAAGCUGCGGUGGCGCGGGGCUGGCUCUGACAUCUCGGACGAAACCAUGUCGAAGUUGAAGGGCAUUGCCUCUGACGAUGUUGCCCAAAUUCUGCGGGCUAUUGAGCGUGGUCGACUGCAUGUGCAGUCUGAACAGAUGAAUAUUUCGCCGACUGAAUCCCGACGCAGCGAUGCCGUCAAGGCUGAUAAUAUGGACACAUCGCCGAUUGAGGAAGACGGUGCCUCGGUGCACACGGUGUCCACUGAGCUUAUAUCUCCUGGAUCGUCGCUUCCGGAUACGACCAGUGUGUGA